UCUCUGCUCCCCUGAGGCGUGCCCUGAGAUCUUCCGAGAGGGAGAGAGGAGAUAUAAAGAGAGAGGCUCUCGCCUGCGGAGAGGAAUCGCAGCUAUGCGAACGAGACGCGGCCUUUCCUACCGGUUUCCUUGCACGGAAUUCCGGCCGAAGGAGGCGGAGGAGAGGGCUGGUAGUGUCGGAGGGAAGAGGAACAGGGGACGAGAGGAGUACGGCCGCCGGAAGAGGCCGCGCUCGGCGUCACCGGCGGCGGAGGGGGAUGGGGCAGGAGGAGUGACCGCGGAGGACCUUUUCGACGUCCUCCCCGAUGAAAUCAUCGUCUCCAUCCUCUGCAAAAUCGGAUCCUCCGCCUCGUCGCCUUCCGAUCUUAUCAGCAUCCUCAUCACUUGCAAGAGGAUGAAUAAGUUGGGGAUGAGUCCCCUGGUUCUCUCGAAGGCCUCGGCAAGGGCCCUUGCCAUUAGGGCAAAGAACUGGUCGGAGUCCGCUAACAAAUUCCUGAAGCAGUGCGCCGAUGCUGGAAAUCUCGAAGCUUGCUACAUCCUCGGCAUGAUCCGCUUCUAUUGUUUGGAGAGCAGAGCGAGCGGGGCGUCGCUGAUGGCGCGGGCGGCGAUUGGGUCGCACGCGGCGGCGCUCUACGCGCUGGCGGUGAUCCAGUUCAACGGCAGCGGGGGAUCGAAGAACGACAAGGACCUCCGGGCCGGUGUGGCCCUGUGCGUCCGCGCGGCGAAGCUCGGCCACGUCGACGCCCUUCGCGAGCUCGGCCACUGCCUGCAGGACGGCUACGGCGUGCGCCAGAACGUGGCCGAGGGGCGGCGCUACCUAGUCCAGGCCAAUGCGCGGGAGCUCGCUGCCGUCCUCUCCUCCACCGCCGAGGCGGCGUGGGAGGCUCACCGCCACCACGGCGUCUCGGAGGGGGCCAGCGGUUGCUCUCUGCUCAGCGACUUCGGCUGCAACGUGCCGGCGCCGGAGGCCCACCCGGCGAACCGGUUCAUGGUGGAGUGGUUCGCUAUGAGGGGCGGCGCCGCUGGAGACGGGUUGAGGAUGUGCUCCCACGGCGGUUGCGGCCGGUCGGAGACUCGGCGGCACGAGUUCCGUCGGUGCUCGGUCUGCGGCGCUGUAAACUACUGCUCCCGGGCGUGUCAGGCUCUCCACUGGAAGCUUGCCCACAAGGCAGAGUGCUCACCCAUGGACGGGUGGCUCGACGCCGCCGGUGGCGCCGUUGUCGCCGGAGCACCACUUGUGAACGGCGCCGUCGGCCUGAUGAAUUAUUAGAGUACAUGGAGAAGCAUAGCAGUACAAGGUUUGAGGCGCCGCCUGUUUUUUAUUUGUUUUUUAAAUUUAUUUUAUCUUUUUUUUUGAUCUUUUCUGUACAGUUGUGAGAAAAUGUUAUCUUUUUGUUCGAAAUCUCAAGAGACGUUCUUUUAUUUUAUUCGAGUUUUUUUUUUUUGGGUCUUGGUGAAAUAUUUUGUGACUCGUGACCGGCUUUCUUCUUUGUUUCUAUUACUUUUUAUUUCUAUUUUUUUAAUAAUAUUUGUACGACUUUUAUUCA